AUGUACAAUCAAACAUACGACGAUGAGGCCCCUUUGCCUCUGAUAGCUAAUUACACCGUUGUCAAAGAAGACCAAGAAGAAAAGAGAGAAGUGGAAGAAAGAGUUAUUCUAGAAAUAGGACGGCAGGACGACAAACCGAAGGAAGAACACACGUUUUCUCAUAAGAAGUAUGAUAAAACGAUUUCCCAUCAUCGGUCGUAUGUGCUGGAAGAUUACGAGCCCAAAAGGAUAACAUACUUCAGGCCUCACGAAUUCGAGCCUAGCAAUCACGAAGGUCCGCGUUACUAUGAGCACGAAUACGUUCGUGACACCGUAGUGGGUCAGGAAACUCUAAAUUCCGAGUCCUCGUUGGACUACUCGCAGGACUCUCAGGACAACAUGAAAACUAAUGACGAUUCCAACCACGAUACGAUCUUGAGCUUAAAGGAAAGAGCCUUGCAGUUGGAACGAGAAUACAAGAAAACUGCAUGUGACCGAGAAAGGACUCGAAUGCGUGACAUGAAUCGCGCGUUUGAUCUCUUAAGAUCAAAACUGCCCGUCACCAAACCGUCCAAAAAGAAAUACUCCAAAAUCGAGUGUUUGAGAAUAGCAAUUUGUUACAUUCGCCACUUGGAGUACAUGCUUGCAGGCGGCACACCGGACGAGAACUCUGCAUUUUUCGAAGUUCACGCUUCUGAUAUGCGAAGGCGUCAACAGAGAUACUAAGAACUUUUAGAUAUUGUAUCGUUAUAUUUAGGUACAUACAAUGACAAAAUGGGGCAAUAAAAAUAUUAAUAUAAAUGUAAAAACAUUCGGGCUAUAAAUAUAUUAAAAUAUAAUAAAAUGUAUAAAAUCAACAAACAAUACUUUUUAGGUGCAUUUUAACAAUUACUUAUUAAUGUUAAGUUUAACAAUUUUAUACGAAUAUAAGAGAACUCUCAGAAGUAUAUAACUGUGCUUUCUUUGCUGUUUUCAUGUUUAAAUAACAUAAUA